ACAGACAAUCUACCGCAUUCCCUUCACUGGCGACAUUCUUCUCCUCGGACUCGAGGCCUUCUGUGCAGGGUUGCUCGGACCUGUACCAAAAGGGGCCAAGUGACGAAAACUGCGAGAUGGACGAUAACGGAUGACGAAAGAUGGAGAGACUCAACUAACAACGGCAUAGCAGCGGGCAAAAGUGGACACACGAGUGCAAGAGGUGAGGAGCUCUCUUUGCGACACUUGCACGAAGAAGAGCUCGAACCCGGGCAGGCUUUCAUCUUGACAACAGAAGGCAUUCAUGUUCGCGUGUCUGGGACCUCGUCUCUUUCUGAGUUUAUUCUUGCCCCGCCUCCUCCGUCCCCCCUACUCCCUCACCUUCCCUCACCCUCUUUCCCUCUCUACCUGACGUACCGUCCGGACGGGAGACGGUGGCGCCGUUUCUGUAUCACUCGCAAAUUGGCCAAAAUUGAAAAGGCGUCAGCUGCCACUUUUGUCGCCUUCGCCCCCUACCCACGUCCACGCCUCACGCCAGGCCAGUUGCUUUUGGUCCCAUUCACCUCAGCGUCUGUACCAAACCCGGCCAGUCGAUGUCUCCGGGCCGGCUCUGGGCCGCACGCCGUCCCGGCCGAAUGGCGACAAUCGAGUAGCCACUCCUCGUCCGAGUCGCCUCGGCUCGGACUCCCGACGAGCAUCUGUCGCGCAGUCGAAUUGUCAACGCGAUUCAUACCUUUUUUGGGAUACCCACUUCUUUGCAAUGCAAUAGCCGGAAAAGAAGAAGGGGUUGGCCGAAAAUGA